AUGUGCAGAAUCAAUCCUACAUUUCACGUUUCCCAGAUCCGCCGACUGGUCCCCUGUCCACUAUCUCCACCCAUCCAACCCCCUCCCCCCCCUCGACUCAUAGACGGAGGUGAAGCCUUCACAGUCCGUAGACUCCUCAGGUCUCACCGCCGCGGUCGUGGUCUCCAGUACCUGGUGGACUGGGAGGGCUAUGGCCCUGAGGAGCGGAGUUGGGUACCAGCCAAAUUCAUCCUGGACCGCUCCCUAAUCGCUGACUUUCAUAGACUCCACCCUGAGGCGCCUACUAGAACGCCAGAUGCAGCUUUCAGACUCGGGUGGAAAUAUUUCAACUUAAGGAUUUACUACAUCUCAACUCAGACAAAAACCUGGGAUGAGAGCAAACAGGACUGCAGAAAUAAAGGAGCCGACCUGGUGAUCAUAAACAGCAAAGAGGAACAGGAAUUCAUCCUGAAACAGCUGGGUUGCAGCAGUUGGGCUUGGAUUGGUCUCAAAGUCACAGAGGGCGCAUGGAAGUGGAUAGACGGUACACCAGUGGUCACUGCGUACUGGGAUGAGGGGGAACCGAAUAAUAAGGAUAAUGCGGACUGUGCUGAGAUUUCGACUGUUCCAAAUAAGAAGGGCUGGAAAAACAUGCCAUGCACAUAUAAGAAAUUAUGGGUCUGUGAGAAAAAUUAUAUUUAG